UUGCAGAUAGAGCUUAAGAGGGCCUGUUUCCUCCGGGCCCAAAUCUUUCCCACCUCGUUUCGCACCGAGCUUUUCUCAAUCCCGAUCGUCUCGUUUGACGCUGCUGAUCGAAGUCAUUCCACCGAUUACUCUUGCUGCCCUGCAUGCUCCCUUCUUCCCCUGCCGAGCUUUGUCCGGAAUAGCCCAAAUCGGACAAGUUUUGUCCAAUUUUUGCUGCGUUCUAACGCAGAGUCUGUCGAGUAUCGUGCUGGUGUGAAAUUCAGUAGCUAGAACAGAGGAACUGCGGUCAAUUUUUGGGGGAAUUGAAGCUUAUGCCCCUGCUCUUUGGACUUCCGAAUCUCAGAAGACCUGUUUGAAGCCAUUGAAGCAAGGUUCUCAAGCUGUCGCGUGAGAUACAGCAGCUUGAUCUGCUUUUGUGGUAAUCAUAUUCAUUUUCUGUUUUAUCACUUCUAGUUGAAUUUUUCGAGAAUGGGGUUGUUGGACAAGCUCUGGGACGAUGUUCUCGCGGGACCUCAGCCUGACCGGGGCUUGAAGAAGCUACGCAAGGAGCGGUUGGCUGCGGGCUUGUCAGAUGUUUUCCAAGACGACAAUGAGGAUUUUGCUCAGCGGAUGAUGGACCGUCGGAGGAGUGCCGAAUUUCAGCGCUCUCAGAAUGAGGCUCGUCGUGUCACCCAGAGCAUUUCGAUAAAGAAGCCGCUCAUGCUUCGUCCCUUAGACACCGACUCUCCUGCAAAUUCCCUUGGAAGCUAUGGAGAGUUUUCGAGCCCUCCUGCAUCGCCCUCUUUGGCCUCACCUUCUCCUAGCAUGUUUAGAGAAAAGGAUCGAAGGCAGCGCAGUGUUUUUCAUCCGGACGGCAGGGAGAUAUCACGAAGCUGCUCCGGCAAGUUUGAGCACGUACCCCCGCCAACCUCACCCACGGUGUAUGACUGGGUGGUGAUCUCUGCGCUAGAUCGCUAAAAACUGUUACUAUGCAGCAUGGUUGGGCUUGCGGCGGGACGAAUUGGCUUUUGGUUUUACACGAUCAUGCAUGCAAGUCGCAUUUUAUGAUCUGAUUUCGAGGAGUGGGCAUGCUUGGGUUGCUUCAGACUAAAUGAUAAGUGUGUACUUUUAACUGGUGUGUCUGGAGGUCGUGAUCAGCGUUGUUGACUGGGAGAUGGGAAUCAGAAUUUGAACUUGGUGUUAUUCACAUCGUCAGAAAGCGAGGUGCAAGCUUUGUAAUCGAGUCUUGUUGGGACAUCGGUGCUGAAGAAGACCGGUCUCUCACCCGCGGAUCUACUAAUGUAAGCAGUCAAGGAGAAGUAGUAGUAGUAAAUAGCACACCUUGGCAACUGUUCUAUUUGCAAUGGAGAUAUAUAAAGGAAGUAACUCUGGGUAACUUUGGCGUAUGGACGCCGCUGAAUUCUUGAUAUAAGUUCUAUGUCGUCUUUUGAGACAGAAGAACAUGUAACUUCAGAUGAUGAUGAAAAAAGUAGUGAAGAGGUGGGCAUUCGGAUCCAUGAUCCAUGGUUCAUGUGCAUGGAUUAUAGAGCAAGGAUGCCGGCGCAGUUUAUAGCCUGCAGCAGAUCGGGGCCUGGGAUGUUUUCCGGAGGGGCGGGGAUAUGCACAUAUAUUGUACAGUGCUGUGUGAGGUCCUUCAGUGGCGAAGGUUGGCUGUGAUUGCUGCAGUCAACAUAUUUUGCAGGAGAUAGACAUCACGAUGCUUUUUGGUUGUUUUAUUGGCUAGGGAGCUUUUGUAAAGUAGGACAGUUUGCAGUUGACGGUGCGGAAUACGCUCUAUAUCAUCCCAGCUUUUAUUGAAGUGGUGACUAGCGAGUAGCGUGCUUCUUGUAUGUAGAUUUGAUUUAAGAAUCUUUGAUUGGUUUGCAUUGAUGACUAUGAAAUAUGAGAAUCUGUGUUGAAACACA